UAAACACAACAAAGCCUUCAUAACUCUCUUCUUCUACGGAUGGUUUUAAUUCUCUCAACGAACUCAAAAUCUCAACUAAAAUUCUCCAUCCUCUUUCUCUUCCAAAUUUAAGAGAAACCUUAUCGUUCAAUCCUCUUCUCUCUCUCUCUCUCUUCUUUUUGACUUCCACAAUAAGGAAGCAAACAAUUUCUCAGGAUUGCUUGAAAACUGGAGAAAUCUUUAAGGUUCUUUUAGACCAAUAAGAAUUAGAGAGAGAGAAAGAUCUCAAACUCCGAGGAGGUAACAGAUACUACAGUUUGAGAGAAGACUAGGAAGGAAGAAGAAGAAGAAUGGUUGCUCUUUUAUCUACUUGGCCUUGGGAAAACUUUGGCAAUCUCAAGUAUAUUUUGUACGGUCCAUUAGUUGCACAAGUGGUGUACUCAUAUGCAUAUGAAGAAGAUAUCACAAAGGCUCUUUGGUGUCUUCAUAUUCUCAUCAUCUGUGGAUUCAAAGCACUCGUUCAUCAACUAUGGAGCGUUUUCAACAACAUGCUUUUCGUGACUCGUACUCUAAGGAUUAACCCUAAAGGCAUCGAUUUUAAGCAGAUUGAUCACGAAUGGCACUGGGACAAUUACAUAAUCCUACAAGCAAUAAUAGCGAGUUUGAUCUGCUACAUGUCUCCACCAUUGAUGAUGAUGAUGAACAGUCUUCCUCUGUGGAACACGAAAGGACUCAUCGCAUUAAUUGUGCUACACGUGACUUUCUCAGAGCCUUUAUACUACUUCCUGCACAGAUCUAUCCAUCGUAACAACUACUUCUUCACGCAUUACCACUCCUUCCACCACUCAUCUCCUGUUCCACAUCCCAUGACUGCUGGAAACGCAACGUUAUUGGAAAACCUUAUCCUCUGUGUCGUAGCUGGAGUUCCUUUGAUUGGAUCUUGCUUGUUUGGGUUUGGUUCAUUAAGUGUGAUGUACGGAUACGCUGUUAUGUUUGAUUUCAUGAGGUGUUUAGGACACUGCAACGUUGAGAUAUUCUCACACAAGCUAUUCGAGACUCUUCCAUUCCUACGAUAUCUCAUCUACACUCCAACGUACCAUAGUCUACAUCAUCAAGAAAUGGGGACCAACUUUUGUCUAUUUAUGCCUCUCUUUGAUGUUUUGGGCAACACACAAAACCCAAACUCGUGGGAACUCCAAAAGAAGAUUCGUCUCAGUGCAGGGGAAAGGAAGAGAGUACCGGAGUUUGUGUUCUUAGCUCACGGAGUGGAUGUAAUGUCGGCGAUGCACGCACCAUUCGUGUUCAGAUCGUUUGCUUCAAUACCGUACACUACAAGGUUCUUCUUGCUGCCAAUGUGGCCAUUCACGUUCUGUGUAAUGUUGGGCAUGUGGGCUUGGUCAAAGACUUUUCUUUUCAGCUUCUAUACACUCAGAAACAAUCUUUGCCAGACUUGGGGCGUUCCAAGAUUCGGAUUCCAAUAUUUCUUACCGUUUGCUACACAAGGCAUUAAUAAUCUGAUUGAGGAAGCGAUUCUGACGGCUGAUAAGAUUGGUGUUAAAGUUAUAAGCUUGGCUGCUCUCAACAAGAACGAAGCUCUAAAUGGUGGUGGAACGCUGUUUGUCAACAAGCACCCUGACCUUAGAGUUCGUGUGGUUCAUGGGAACACUUUAACUGCAGCUGUGAUUCUCUAUGAACUUCCUAAAGAUGUAAAAGAGGUUUUCUUGACUGGAGCUACUUCAAAGCUUGGAAGAGCCAUUGCUCUUUACCUCUGUCGCCGUGGAGUCAGAGUUCUCAUGUUGACAUUAUCUGUGGAAAGGUUCCAAAAGAUUCAGAAAGAGGCUCCUGUUGAGUUCCAGAACUACCUUGUACAAGUGACCAAAUACAACGCUGCGCAACACUGCAAGACUUGGAUCGUUGGAAAAUGGUUAACACCGAGAGAGCAGAGCUGGGCUCCUGCAGGGACACAUUUCCACCAGUUUGUGGUGCCACCGAUCCUCAAGUUUAGACGGAACUGCACUUACGGCGAUCUAGCAGCUAUGAGACUCCCUAAAAAUGUUGAAGGACUCGCAACUUGCGAGUACACAAUGGAGAGAGGAGUGGUUCACGCGUGCCAUGCAGGAGGAGUGGUUCAUAUGCUAGAGGGUUGGGAGCAUCAUGAGGUUGGAGCCAUCGACGUUGACCGUAUUGAUCUGGUGUGGGAAGCUGCCAUGAAAUACGGUCUUAGCUCUGUUUCUUCACUCACAAACUGAGUGAAAGAGACCAUUUUCAUUGUUGUUGUCUUUGACUCUCCCAAGAUUGGUCAUUAUUCUUUGUACAGGUGAAAAGGAUGCAAGCAGGAAAAAAAUAUAUUAGAAAUUUCACCUUAUGUUAUUUGUUUUCUCUUUAUAAUAAUGUAUUCCUUUUGAUUUUAGAUUUCCCUAAUAUUAAUAUAUAUGCACCUAAUUUCCAAGAAAAUUCAACAAAGCUUUUAAUUA